AUGCAGGAAUGGAUGGAACACCAGGCAGCUAUGGAAGGAAACAGGAAAGAGAGCAUUUCAGAAACAAUUGGUGCUUUGGACGAGCCAGAACUCAACACAUGUGAUGAGGAGUGUAUCGAUGUACAAGUAGCUAUAACUAUCAAGAAGGAAAGGCAGGUGGUAGGGAUUGGAGUGAUGACAACUGACAUCAAUGGCCAGGAAAAAGCUUUAUGGGCCAUGAGAGAAAGGAGUGCGGGACAUUGGCUACUAGACUAUGCAGAAGCAUUAAAACUAGCAAUGGCGAAAGCAAGAGCACAACAGUGGUCACGUAUAAAGGUGGGAAUCACGUACCAACAGUUGCUAAGACAACUAAGGUCAGGAAGAGUCAAAGAUAUCAGAUUGUUAGCUCAGGUGGAGGAGAUUGAUAGAAUAAGCUCGAUGUUUGUGCAAUGCUCUUUUUAUCUAAUACCAGACGAACAAAAAGAUAGAAGACCUCUUGCUGAACUAAAACAUGAUGAUACCAAGGAGGAAGAGGAGGAGGAGAACAGUUCCCAUAUCAUUGAAUUUCUGAAUGACGGAGGUGAGUCAUCAGUGGUUUAUGUUUCUUUUGGGAGCGAAAUCUUUUUGUCCGAGGAAGACAGGGAAGAGAUAGCGUACGGGCUGGAGCUGAGUAUUGCUAACUUCAUAUGGGUACUUAGAUUUCCCGUGGGAGAUGCCAUUGCCCUUGAAGAAGCCUUACCAGAGGGGUUUCUCGAGAGGGUGAAAACGAGGGGAGUGGUAGUGGAUGGAUGGCACCACAGGCUAAAGUUCUUGAACAUCCCAGCACUGCCUCACCAUGCUAGACUUGCGGUGGAGAUUGGCGUUGGCAUUGAGAUUUUGAGGGACGAAGAUGGGCGGAUCAAGAGGGAAAAUGUCGCUAAAGUCAUAAAAGAGGUGGUCGUAGAGAAGACAGAGCUGGGAGAAUCAGUGAAACAAAAAGCUAAGGAAUUGAGUCACAAGUUGAGAGAAGAAGGUGAAGAAGAGUUGCAUGAAGCAGUAGAGGAGCUUAGGAGAUUAUGCAAAGGUUGA